AUCUUGCCCUCCUAUCUCCUACGUUCGUCCUCACCAGCAAUUCUCAGUUCUAAUCCUCUUUACCUCCUUCGCUCCGCUCUAUAUCAUCCUUGCCGCUCACAAAUGCACACAAGAUGCUGAUAGAGGCUCAGCUCUCAUCCACUGCGACCAGCACGGGCGCAAUGACCGGCUCGACCAACCUUCGACGCCAACGUCCAUUCCAGUCAGCAAAGGCAGCGGCUCACGUCAGCAGCAAGCAAGACUCAUCGGCAGUGGUGCUAGAUCCUUUGCGGAGCCCAGGAGAUGUACCCCAGACACCGCCCCGAUCAACGCAUUGGUAUGUAAGCAGCCGACCAUGGGUCCAAGCUGUCCACAUCGCCUCCUUGAAAAAGUCGACUCCUCCCGCAGUGAAAGCGGAAGCGCCGGCGAGCGACCUCUCGUACGUCUCGCCAUCCCUCAGUGACAUUCUUGGAGGCCAGGCCAAUGGCUCAUGUAGCGCCAUCAGCGAUUGGGAAUCGGGCUGCCCGCCUGCAACACGAAGUCGCGCUCUUCAUCUGGCCAGAAGGAUGUCUAGCUCAGACGAUGGCUUUUCGGCUCGAGGCGGUAUCAGUCCAUCGGAGUGCACGCAUGAGGCUGUGGAAGCUUUCGCGCGCAGGCGCAGGCUACCCACUCCGACCUUCUCGUUCUCACCGCGCACGGGCUCGCCGGACACGCCCUUAGUCACACCGACGUCUGGACCGAUCCCUGUCAGCGCGGAAUAUCUUCAAGUACGACCGCCUGGCCGGAAGGGGAAAGGUGGCGGCGAAGAUUGUCCACCUCGACGUGCGAAGGAGGAUGACGAGCAGUCUUUCAUGGAUCUACGCUACUCGAUGCUGCAGCCACCCGUCAUGCUUCAGCGCUGCCCCGCAUUCCUUGUUGGCACACCAGACACAUUCGGCCUCAUCAUUGACGAUCGCAGCAAGGAUCAGGCUUCGCGUCCCUCCAGCUGCUUUUCAUCGCGGGAUGUUACGAUCCCCAGCACCUCAAAAUCGACGGACGACGAUGUCCCGCAGAGCGAUACGUCAUCUGCGGACACCGCUGAGCAGUCCUUAGACAGCCCUCGAUUGAUGUCGCCAAUUACUCUACAGCAAUUACGCUCCUUUCGCUCUUCUACAACACUUCGUCACGGCAAACGCCCCAUCCACGACUCUCGAGACGCAUCUCGACAUCCUUAUGCCACGCUCAGCGACAUGCAAGCGGCCCGCGAAGCGUCCAGGGCCCUGUCGGUCUGCUUGCACCAGCCACCAAAGACGACACCUGAGACUAGCGUGGCAUCCAUUCUCAAAUCUCAAGAAAGCGCAUUCGCAGCGGUGCAGCAGUCUUGGCUCCCACGUUUCUCCAAAGGGGAUGUUGACGACCCAGCUUCGAAGCCUGGCAGUCAAGAAUUCAACCGUCAUACCCGCACCAGGCGUGGCGGCGUUGCGCAGCGACCCCGCAUGAUGCCGCCAGUGCCCCAAGUCCCACCCCAUCUACAGUACGACAAGCACUUUACCAGGACCGGCGCACUUCCAGUUGAACGUGCUAGCGGCACGGUUCCACAUGAUUGCGCGCUAUCCACCAGCCACGCACAAGAGAGCUCUUGGUACUGUAUUAAUGCAUUACAACUCGAUCUUGACGACAGUGUCGAAGCCGUCGACGAUGGCAGCACUCCGCUGCCAGACCCACAGCUCCGCCACUUCUCCUCGUCUUGCGCUACCCCGAGACGCGAAGCCACCUCGGACUCGGAAGAGGUGGAGAUGCUCGAUUCUCCUGAAACCGUACUGCAGAAACUUGAGCUGGAUGACGCAAGCGCGAUGAGCAGCGCGGUGGGACUUGGCCUCUCGAGUCCUGUUAGCGAGCACCGUAUCAACAUUCUCAAUGCCCUUUGCCAUGGUCGUGCAAACCCGCCACUGGGUAGGCGAAGCUCGUUUGGAUCAGAAAAUCCAAGACACAUCAGAACUGACUCUGCUUCGUCGAACAAGCAAGCUUCUUGGACUGGAUGUCCCAUGUCAGCGCGGAUCCAAGCCUAUCUAGAUUUAUGGAAGGGUACGGAACACAGCGACGAAAGUCUCCAUCAAAAGAAGGCCAAGAGCCUGCUGGCUUCUAGGCCAAAGACGCCAUACCACAAGUUCGCGCACGUUCCACGCGAUAGUCUUUCGCUCGCGGCGGAGCGCUUGAGUUGCAGAGCUCGUCGGGCGAGCAGCUCGAGCCUUGAAGCCUCGUCUUCGAACACGUCCGCCUCGGACAUCUCGCGCUUCUCUCCGAUCACCCUCUUACGAAGUGGUGGUAAAAGCUGCUCUUCAGCUGUCUCGUCCGGCUCAGACUCUGGACGCACGUCGGCGAUUCGUCGGUCCGCCGGCGUAAAGCCCCGCAAGCGGGUAUCCAGCUUGAAUUGCUUGGAGGGUCAUUCCGUUCGCGAAGCUCUCAAGGCUGAGCGUCAGAGCGCCAAGUAGCUUCUCAAGUGCCCCGCUUUGCUCCUCGAGCGAGCCGCGGAUCACAGUAAACGUAAAGUCCCUGGCGACACAUCAAUCGAGGUCGACGCCGGGCUUCCAUCUAAGUUUCCGUCUCGUCCUUGUUUUCAUACCCACGAAUUCUGCGCAAGCCACACGCAAGCUCUGACAGAACACAAGCAGGCAAUCUGCUGAGAACGCGUCUCCACGACAUUAUCAAUUUUGCAGAUCGUCCACUAACACCUAC